AUGGCACCAAGAGGACGAGGAGGGAAAUUUUCAAAACCUUCUAGGGGAGGCGGCAAGCACUUCUCCCGCGAUCUACAGCCCCUCGACAAAGAAGGGAAUCUCAUGGGUAUGUGGCGAGAACCAGGUGAUGAAGACGACGAAUCUUCAGAAGAGGAGUCAUCCGAGGAAGAAUCUUCCGACGGCGGUGAAGGAUCCUCCUCUGUACAACAGCCAGCCUCGAGCGAGAUGACUCGGGAACAACGAAAGGAGGCCGCACGGCUGAGGAAGCAGGCCGCAAUUGCGAAGAAGAGCCAGAAGGCCGCUGCCGUGGGAGACAUGCCAAGCAGUUCAGAAGAAGAGGAUGACGAUGAUGAUGAUGAGAUGCCUGCAAAUCCCAAUCACACACCAAAGGCCAGAUCACAGGCAAGAGCGGUGAUAGGAGCAAGUGGCGAAGCACCCAAGAAGGGCGACAAGGAAAACCUCAGCAGACGGGAACGCGAAGCCAUUGCCGCACAGCAAGCCAAGGAAAGAUACCAGAAGCUACACGCCGAGGGCAAGACCGAUGAAGCGAGAGCGGAUUUGGCACGACUCAAAUUGAUCCGAGAGCAACGUGAGGCUGCUGCGGCGAGAAAACAGGCGGAGAAAGAAGAGAAAGAAGCGCGUGAGAAAGAACGGAGCGAGCGAGAAGCGAAGAUGAGAGAGGCCGCUUUGGCCAGUGGUGGCGCCGGAAAGAAGGUGGGAAAGGGCAAGAAAUGA